UGGGGUUUCCUUAAAAGGACGUAAGCAUCAGCUGUUAGAAUUAUUAACCAUCAUCACGAGCACUGCCAUAGCAGCCGUGGUCUACGAGCCAUAAGCAGCGUUAUACCACGAUUUGUAAAAAAUAUAUAUUAACAAACAGUGUGUAUGCGGGAAGCCUUGCGUGGUUGGAACAAUGUGUCCGCGGAUGAGUUAAACAAGGGACACGUGCGGGGGAUGAGCGGUGCGGCUGCUGGACUUGGCGCAUUUUUUUUUCUUGCUUGAACCCGACGGUCCAAUUCGCGCAUAAAUAGGCGCUUCCAACCAGCGAGACACGGGGAAAAUGGCAGAAGACCGCUGCCACGGAGAUGUCCUGGAGCCCUGGGAGCCAGCGGCCAGGGCUCGGCUGGAGCGAGCCAAGGAAGCUCUCCAGGCCGAGCAGCACGCGCACAGCCAGAGGCUCGGCCUCCUGCACUCGGAGAUAGCACAGCUGCAACGUCACUGCGCUGAUUUGACUUUUGAAGUUGUGAUGAAGACAGCCCCCAGUGAAGGAGAGCUCUGGAGCAAAGAUGAAAAGAGUGUGGAUGAGGCACUGGAGAGGAGUGUUUGGGAGCUGGAAGCUCAGCUCAGAAAUAAAGAACAAGAGAAGCAGGAGCUCACCGAGCAGAUCGACCAAACGCUGGUAGUCAUUGUGGCGCUGGAGGGCGGCAUGAGGGGCCAGGAGCGCGAGUAUCUGGAGGAGAUAAAGCAGAAGAGCCACAGGAUGCACGUCAUGGCUCACGAAUUAGAGCAACAGCGCAGCACCAUAGCCCACCUAACGACCCAGCUGCAUCACGUCAGGGGCAGGCUCUCCAGCGGCAAGGGCUACCCCCCGCCCAAGGUGGACAGCGCGACAGGUCGGGGAGCUUCGCCCGCGGCUGUACGAGGGCCUCCCGUCGGGAAGGACCAUGGCGACUGGCGGCAAAGCAGCAUCGUGAGGCAGUCGUACGUGUCGCCCAAGUACAGCGUGCGCAGCGCGGCUGUACGCUCUAUGAGUCUCGACAGCCUCACGGAUAUGCCCGACCCUGGACUCUUCCUCAGCCCUGUGCUGGACUCCUGGGUGUCCCCCAGGGUGGUGGGCAACCCCUGCCUCUACCUGUACGACAUGCCUGACCCCUCCGCCUUCCUGCCGUGCCAGGACACGGGCAUUCACGGCUGCGGUAGCCAAAUGCCACGAGAGCUUGUGCUCAAUGAUAAAGACUGCAACAAUGCGGUUCGUCUUCCCCAGACAGGGCUGGACGAUGCUCAAAGCCAAACAGCAGGACUCGUUCGGCUAUCUCAGACGUUACCAAACGUACCAACACCUAAAGUGACCUGUUUGAAGCAGGGCAAGAAGACAAAGGCUUUAUGACCACAAUCUACACUUUAAUAGUAUUAACAUUUUAACUGUAACAAAUGGAUGUAGUGAAGCAUUGUUUUUUUACAGUUAAAUAUCAUUUCAUGAAUAGUUAAAGAAAACUGGUGGGAAAAAGUGGAAACCAUCCCUUGUAGACAUAGAUGUGUGAAGAGUAAUUAUUGAUUACGGUAAAAUAUUUUUCCCACUGGUUACACGUGCAUUUGCUUACAGUUACACGGAGACAAUCUCAUUGGCAGUGCUAACAAAAUACUAGCCAAGUCAGAACAUGGUAUUUUAAUAUUAUAUAUUGGGCAUAGGCACAUGCACAGAUAUCUAUCAACUGAAUGCCCUCAAAUUACAAAACAGCAAACGUGCACUGCUAAUUGCUGAAUUUACAAAUCAGUAAUUGAAAUCUCUUUCCCGUAAAACCUUGCUGAGUCUUCAAGACUCUUAAUAAGGUCCUGUAUGCAAUGUUAGCCCAAUUUAUUAGAACUGAUGGUGACUUCCAGAAAUAAUUGAGGGCAUUUAUAUAAGACACAACAUAAUAAUGCCCUAAAUUUACCCCGGUAAGACCAAAGAGAUUGUCAGGAGGGGGCUAUACUGGGAUGUUUGGCCAAUUCCAUUCAUGAAUGUUUGGCUUCAAUGCCAGUGGAAAUUGAACUACCCAAAGAAAACCUACGCAUAUGAGGGGGUAAAACUUGAAGUUCUAUACAGAUUCAAGAAUCAGUUGCUCUCCUGCCAUUUUAUGGCUACUUUGCAUCACGAACAACGUAUUCACAACAGUCAUGGCACUGAGCCUGGACAGUGGCAUUUAGUGGGGAUCUUUGUUCGUGGGGAUCUAUGUUGCUAACAGCAAUAUCUUCUUUACUGAAGGCUUGGCUAGCCAAAGUAAUUAAGAUUUGUAUUUUUCUCACAGCGGCAGAAAAAAAUAUACUCGCUGGGGUUUUUUUCCAUAAUAAACUUUGCUGAACACUGUAGGCUUUUUGUGGACACGUUUUAACGAUUAUUGGAGAUCGGGAAUAGAACGUUAGUGUUCAUAGGCAAGCAGCAGAUGUGCGGUGCCUGAUGGUUGGCUAUGCCCACGAUACCGUGGAACGUUAAUAAUGCAUUAGCAACUGGGUUUUUACACAACAACCAUAAGCACAUAAUGUAAUACAUGGCUUGGUAAAUGUAAUACCAUAGUUCGUUUCUGCAGCUGUGAUUGUUACACACACAUGUAAACAUUUAUAAUGGGCUUGUAUACAAUAUGAAAUGUUUUCGAUGUAAAAAAAUAACGAAGAUGAAUAUGUACUGUCUGACAGUAAGCUAUAAUUCUCAGCAUGCAAGCCAUUCUUCUCAUACUGCUGGUGUACAUUUUCACAUCUUCUCUUUGCGCAAAUCUUUUUUCAGACCUUUCCCACUGGUUUUCUUCGCUCCAUUUACCUCCCUACCAUCAUCCCCCUUCGCUCUACCUCUCACUUAUUGAUCACGCUUCACGUGCAUAGAAAAGUGAAUUUGUUUUCUAGCAGUGGAUAUCCGCACUUAAAUAUUCACAUCUCCACAAGGAGGCCUGGAAUAGACCAUAGGGGUGGAGGGGGCUGAUUCCCCUCUACUUGGUAGGGGACAAAGACUUAGCCACCUCGACUAAAAUUUUCUCUGGUUAGGGAAUACUGUAGUUGCCAAUUGGCUACCUUUAACAGUAAAUGGUCCAUAUAAACGCAUUCAUUUACUGUUAAAAGAACAUCUAAAGUGUUACAAAUAUAAUGUGCUAUACAUAACUUAUGUUAACAGUAUCACUCUUUGGAGAGACACUGUGGCUGCGGGAUGGUGAACUUAAAGAGUACAAUAUAAUCUGAGGCAGAACGCGUCUCCUGUCUGUGCUCAGCUCUCUUCUGCAACCGGACUACAGGAAUAUGAAUUUAAAUAGCGUUUCAAUGCAAGAGCAUCUAAACAGAGUACUAUACGACAACCAUAUUAACGUACGCAGUUCAAACUAAGUAUUAAGUAUAUUAUAACAAUAAUGCAAACCUAAUUUUAAAAUAUAUUGGCUAUAUAAAUCCCCAUUUGGUGGUACAGUGUAUCAUGUGUAUAACGUUUGAGAUGUAGUUUUCAUUUAGGCACUAAAUACAUUCAAAUUGUAAUUGGAGCCACUCUGUCCUCACCCCUCCGCUACAGCACCUUUACCUUUAUGCAGCAGAUGCUGACUUUUUUUUCCCCUUCCAUCAUGGUUUCGCCCAACUCCCCUGUCUCCCCCCCAUCCCCCCAUUUUCUCCACCAUUUAGCACACCCCUCCCCCCCCCCCACUUGCGAAGGCUGUAGCACUGCCAAUGGCAUAAAGGACAGUACAGUAUUUAUUCGAAUCUAAAAAUACAUGACCACAGCAGACAUAAGACAGCAGCCCCUCACCCCAACCCACGAAGAUGGGUCUCCAUGACCUCACGGGGCCUACGCCCUUGCACUGGCUUGGAAGAAACUACAGCUCCGCGCUGCACCAUGACACGUGUCUCGUAUGCGAUGUAGGCAAGAUUAUUCAAGGUUGGGCCGAGCUGCACUGUGCAUUAGUGCCUUUUACAAGAGGAAUGACCUUUCUGUAGCCAGACAUGUUGGUCUGUGUACUUGUGAGCUAGGACAUGAAUCUUGACAUGCGUGCAUGUGAGCUGAAUAUUCUACACACAUCAACAUCAUCGUCGUCAUCUUUAGCCAUGUGCAUGGCGCCAAGUCAAAGAAAUAUUUAAGAUUGACUCCAGCUUACUUUGUUGACAAGAUGUAACAGGGAGUUUCUUUAAUUGACAUUGAGGUAAAUGUCCUAACAUGAAAUGCAAGGUAAUUUAUUAGAAUGAAAUAUAAAGCAUCCUGAUGGAUUGUGCUAUUUAUCAUAUACAUUACACGCCUAAUUAUAGCCUAAGUGAGCAUAGUGUUUAACAUAUAUGCAUGUGUCUUAACUCAUUGUUUGAAUUGUUAAGUGUUUUUUAAGUUUAUUUACCAAUGUGUUUCCUAUUGCUGUAGAUAAAUAGUAAUGUGAUUGUCUUUGCCUCAAGGACAAAUUCAUCUGGCACUGCGUAUGGCUGAUGCUCCUCGGGUUGGUUAGUGGACAAAGAAUACAAUCAGUACAACCUGAAUAAACGAUAUUUUCCAAGGAAUGUUCCGGUAAGAAAAAGGUAACCAAAAAACCCUGCUAAAUGCAAAGUUGUAUCAAUAACUUUAACAACAAAAAAAUCAGUAUUUCUAUUUCAUGGGCACUUUGAAUUGAUUUGGUAGAUCUGCCUCAAAUGUUAGAGCUUCCCAAAGUAUAGCAACAAGUUGAUAAUAUGUAGUUAUUAUUUUGAAUGUUUUAACCCAUACAUUUAAAUAAAUUACAUUUCUUAUUGCACUUGCUAUGCGGAACAUUAUAGCAUAUGGCUCACUAUGCAAAGAGAUUCAAUAAAAUUCAUAUUACUCA